ACGUGUCUAUAGACCAUGAGCACUACCAUUUGUCCGACCCCGCUCGCCGCGGAUCUCCCUGUCAGACUCGUGAGGGUUGCAAAGCGUCAGCUCCGGUAGCAGGGUAAAUAUAAAGACGGGACCUACCUCUGCUCUCAAUAGCCGUGCGAUGCGCUACAACUUCCACUCCGUCCAUCCAUGCCAUGAACUGACAGCAAGCACCGCACAAGCACAAAUCCUGACAACAUGUCUCAAACACCAGACGAGCAACUUCCUGCCCUUCCGGCGGAUGUGACGCCCAAUUGGCUGGGGUCGAAGCUGGGGCACAGCAUUAAGUUUGUCGAAAACACGCACAACAUCUGGGGCACGGGCAGCAAGCUGUUCUACACCAUCACGUACGAGGAUGAGAGCAGCAACGGGGACAAGCCGAAGCAUGUGUGCGUUAAGGGCGUCUUCAGCCCCGAAAUGAUUGAGGCGCAACCGUGGACCGUUAGCUUGGCGCAACGCGAGGCCGGCUUCUUCUCCAAGGUGGCGCCAAACGUCAAGAACAUGGUUUAUCCCAAGGGCUGGUGGAGCGGGACGAGUGAGAAGCAGGGCAUUGCCAUCAUGAGCGACCUAACUAAAGAAGGCUGCACUUUCCCCGGCGAGGUGGCUUCGUAUCCGGUCGAGAAGGUCAUGAACGGUGUUGAGCAGCUGGCAGGUCUGCAUGCGCAGUACUGGGGUCAGAGCCAAGAAGAUCACCCCUGGAUCUGGAACAACUACGACCCGGCCAUGAAGUUCAUGUGCACGCCAUGGGACGAGGUGGUGCGGGCCCCGGGCCGCCCGCGGCUGCCCGCGUACCUGAUGGACGGCGGGCGCUGCAACACGGGGUUGGAUCGGUACUUCGCCGAGCGCAACCCCCGGUUCCGUACGCUGCUGCACGGCGACACGCACAUCGGCAACGUCUAUUUCACCAGGGACGGCCGCAUCGGGUUCCUGGACUGGUCGGCCUUCCACUUCGGCUCGUGUUUCCAUGACGUCGUCUACCACAUGACAGCCAUGCUGAGCGUCGAGGACCGCCGCGCCCACGAGAUGGAGGUUCUCGACCGUUACCUCGACGCGCUUCACCGCCUCGGUGGGCCGCGUUUCGACCGCCACGGCGACCCGGAGGUCAUGCUCGAGUACCGCCGCUCCUUCAUGACCAACGUCAUCUGGCUCAUCUGUCCCGACGGCCUGCAGUCCAAGGAGCGCGUCGCGGUCCUGUGUGAGCGCACUGUUGCUGCCUAUGACGACCACAAGGUUAUUGAUGUUAUCCUUGGCCAGCCAACGCCCACUGCUGCUUGAAACGAAUGAUUGGUGGAGUGGUUUGGCGUAAAGGCAUUGUCUAGACCCACUUCCAGAGCCACUCAUAAGCCGCGUCUCUAGCACCAGGCUCACCCAGGAAACACAGCUAACACUGAUCGAGCUCCCCUAUAUAGGAGCUGGUAUACAAAACAACAGCCCUUGGUUACAGGAGCUAAUAU